AAAAGGUUGAAGAUAAGGUGCCAUUAGCACAAACCAUUCUCCCACACACACACAGACUGACCAUGGGAAGCACAAAUAUGGAAUCCUACAAGUUAGAGAUGUAUGAAAUAGGCCCUUGUGAAGAUGCUUUCCAAAUUGGUUUCUUGAUUGGCCAAAGAUUCUCGAAACUGAUACAAAGCAGAUUAUCUACAGACCUUAUUCUUAAAAACCAGCUCCUCCCUUUUGCUCAACUCCCAAAUUCCCAGCCACUGAUUAAUAAUCUGUCUGAAAAUAACAAGAACAAGUUCCCAAAUUAUUGGAAUGAACUCAAAGGAAUUGCUCAAGGAAGUGGUGUCCCCUUUCUCAAUAUUUUACUAUUGAACUUUAGGAAAGAGAUAUUGCCUUUCAUUCGAAAGACAGAGGAUUAUCCCAAGGAGGAAGAGAUUAACGAUGACUGUUCAGAUAUUCUUGUUGUUAGUAACACCGUGGCUGUGGCAGCUCAUAAUGAGGAUGCAAAUGUUGCUGUUGUUGGACACACUUAUUUGGUUAAGGUGACAUUGUCUAAUGGUACAACAUUCACUGCGUAUACAUAUGCUGGAGAACUUCCAAGUUGUGCCUUUGGAUUUAAUAAUCAUGGAGUGGCAUUUACUUUGAACUCAGUACCACCAUGUGAGGAAGAGAUAGUAGCUGGUGCAAUUGGCAGAAACUUUGUGUCCAGAGACCUGCUUGAAGCAAAUAGCAUUGAGGAUGCUCUGGCUAGGAUUCAUUCCUCAGAAGCUUCAGUUGGGCACAGCUAUAAUUUGAUAGACACAAGGGCUCGGAGGAUUUUAAACGUCGAAACUGCAUCAAGAAAUCGAGUUUCAGUUCAUGAAGUCAGGGAAACUCCAUUCUUCCAUGCCAACAUGUAUCUGCAUCUUCAAGUAAAGCAGGCACAAGAUGAGAACUCCUUGAGUAGGCAAACAAGGGCAUCUUCUUUGCCAAAGCAAUCAAAAAGUGAUUUCUUAGCACUUCUUGGAGACAUGAAUAAUGAGAAGUAUCCCAUUUACAUGACAGGUCCAUUGCUGUACACAUUGUGCACAGCUGUGAUAGAUUUGGAUGAGAAAAUUCUAACAAUUAUAGAAGGGAACCCAAAGGAAAAUCAAGAAUCCUAUGUCUUCGCAUUGUCCUAAAAGCAAGCUAUUAUGGGGACUUGGCCUCUUAAAUAAUUGUUCCUUGGAUAGAGGAUCCAAGGAGAAAAUUUUGUUACCAUAUAAACUCCUUCAUAUUGAAGGGAAUUUUGAUUUUU